AUGCCCUCCAUCAAACACGUCGUCUUCGACGUCGUAGGAACCUGCUUCACAUUCGACGCCUUCUUCUCCGCCAUUGAAUCCCGCCUCGGGUCGCGACUUCGCGCUCACUGCAUCCAACCGCAACUCUUUGGUUACGCCUGGAUGGAGGCCGCAGAGCGCGAAUACGCCUACCUAUCUAUGUCGCAUCGCUACCAACCCUUCCUCGCCAUCUUCGGUGCCAUAUUCUACCGCACGCUUGGGUUCGCCGGGAUCUCCGACCCGCGGGCCUUCGCGUCGGACGAAGACAAGGAGUUUCUAAUUCAGAAUUAUCAUCAGUUGCAACCGCGCAAGGGCGUCGACCACGCAAUCCAGAGCUUGCGGGAGGCCGGGUUCACCGUGUGGUGCUUCACGACGGGAGAUGUCAGUCGGGUGAGGGGUUACUUUCUAAGCAGUGGCAUUGAUAUGCCCGUGGAGAAUUUCGUGUCGUGUGAUAAGGGUCGGGUGGCGAAGCCGGCGUUAGAGGCGUACCAGGAGGUGAUGGGCAAUUUUGAUCAGUCUGAGGUGCUGUGGUUCGCGGCGGCGCAUAUGUGGGAUGUUUCGGCGGCGAAGGCUGCAGGGUUCCGAGGUGCGUAUUGCACGGCCUGGGAGAAGGAGUCAUGCGCGGAGAUCUUUGGUGAGAUGGACGUUACGGCGGACUCGUUGCCCGAGUUGGCGGCGCAAAUUAUCUCUGCGUCGUAG